CCUGGAACCCUCGUGACUAAAGAAGAAAGCGGACCGACGUCAAGACCUGCAGCUGGGCUGACUCCGUUUCAGUCUCCUGACCACCGCCUGAACGACAUGGACUGCGGCAUCAUUACUUCCAAGACGGUCCUCCUCUUCCUCAGUCUGAUCUUCUGGGCUGCAGGUGCUGGUUUAGCGUACGUCGGCUCCCAGGUGUUGAGCAGCUAUGACACCUUUGAGAACUUCAUCCAGAACAAGUACGCGCUCAUUCCGGCCGUGGUCAUCAUCGGCAUCAGUGUGGUCAUGUUCGUCAUUGGCCUGCUGGGAUGCUGCGCCACCAUGCGAGAGUCCAAAGUGGGCCUGAGCUUUUUCUUUCUGAUCAUCAUGGUGAUGUUCGCAGCCGAGGUUGCUGUUUUGGUGCUGAGCUUCGUCUACCAAGGCAAAAUAAACGGGAAUUUGGAGCAGUCCAUGAGCGACGUCUUUGCAAAGUAUGACGGCGAAGACCCUGAGACCAAAACUGUGGAUGACCUGCAGACUAAGUUGCAGUGCUGCGGCGUGAGGAACUACACGAGCUGGUUCAACACGACCUGGUACCAGAGCCACAACAGCACAGUGCCCGUGUCCUGCUGUAAAAAUGUCAGCACACAGUGCACUGGCAGGUUGGACCAGUUAGACCUGCUCAACUUAGAGGGUUGUGAAGCCAAGCUGGAGCACCUGCUGCAGGACGUGCUGAAGUAUGGCAUGCUGGUCAUUUUGGGCUUCGCCGUCAUCAAGUUCUUUGGGAUGCUGAGCGUGUGCGUGAUAGCCUGUAAAAGCAGCAGGCGGAGGAGCGGCUACCAGCCUCUUUACGCCUGACCCAAAAAAAACUUUCACCUCAACACCUUGUAUCUGUUAAACAUCACUGUUUUGCAAUGUCCAUCAUAAACGACUGUCAUAUGGAUCAAAAGCGAGAAUUUCCAGCAUGUCACUUUACAGCAUUCCCACGAGUUUUCUUCCUCCUUUUUCACUUGUACCACCUUUUUGAACUCACUCAUAGUUUUUUUAAAUAGCUACACAUAGAUUCAAGUUGUUUUUCCUUCUGUUACUCCUGACCAAAUUCACUGGAAUCCACCGCACUCAAUUUAAUGCUUUAUGCCGGACUGCACUAUUUAUGACCGACUUGAUUCAACUAAUCUACAUAAACUUUGUCUUAAUGAGGAUAUCAUUUUUUUAGGUGAGUUCUAUGUCAUAAAUAGUUAAAGGUCUGCACGUUUAUAUUGCCUUUCUAAGCUAAUAAAGUGAAUAAUUCACAAA